AUGGAAGCUUUUCUAGGGACUAUUGGGACAAUUUUAGGGUUUGGGUGCACACUGAUGCCAAUUUAUACAUUUUAUGAGGCGGAAAAAACGAAAAACCUUGAGAAGUUUUCACAUUUAGGGAUGAUGGUAUGUAAUGUAAAUACGAUUGUGUGGGUCGUGUAUGCGUAUUUAAGAUAUACAUUAAAAUGGCGAUGGGAACCAGUCCUUUUUUCUCAACGCUUGUAGCCGGAGGCAUGCUAUGUGCCGGGGACCUUGUGGAAGGGAAAUUGGCGCUCGGGGUGUAUAUCCGGCUAGAUUUUCCUUGGUGUAGUGGAGCGCAACGUCGAAUUUGGUCGACCGCAGCUCAUUCUGGUACCAAGGUUUUUACCUCACUCCCCCCUUUAAAUUGGAACUAAAAAUUUUGUUCCAAUUUAAAGGGGGUUAAUUUUUUUUUUUUAAAAAAAAAUAUCAAUAUAAAAUUUUUUAUUAAAUAUAUAAAAAAUUAAAAAAAAAAAAAUUCAAAAACUUAUCAAUUAGAUUAAUAAAUUUGUUUAUUAAAAUGCUAUUUACUCUUUAUGCUUUUAAAACAAAGCAAGAUAUAACUAAAUUUUCAUUAUUAGUUAAUACGCCACUAUUAAUUGGUAUCAAAAUUAUUUACACAAAAAUUAUUAUUUUUAUUGAUAAAAAAAAUUAAAAAAAAAAAAAAUUUAGAAAAUUUAUCGAUCAAAGUGCUAAUUUUGUUUUAAAUAAGAUGUUAUUUAUACUCUAUUCUUUAAAAUAAAGCAAUAAAUAACUAAAUUUUGAAAUUUUAUAAAAAACUCCUAUUGAAUUUAUAUCAAAACUAUCCAAAUAAAAAAUAUCAAUUUUAUCAAAAAAAACAAAAAUUUUUUUGAAAAUAUUUAAAAAAAUAAAAUUUUGUUUUUUUUUAAAUUUAGCAAUUAAGGAUAAUAAAUUUAUUUAAAUAAGAUGCGAUUUAUACUUUUUUCUUUAAAAAAGAGCAAGAUAUAACUAAAUUUUUAAUUUUAGUUAAGAAGAAAACAUUUAACUUAUAUCAAAACUUUUUAGAUAAAAAUUAUUAUAAUUUUUUAUUAUAAAAUUAAAUUUUGUUCCAAUUUUAAAGGGGGGUUAAUUUAUUUAAAAAAGUGGAAAUUUUACCGAUAUUUUGUUCCAAUUUAAAGGGGGGGGGAGUCAGGGAAAUGGUAUUUCAAGGUUGGAAAGGGGAAGCCAGUAGAGCCAAAUAUCCCACUUAAUCCAUCGAGCAACCCCUAGUGUGAAGCUGGGUGUAACAUCCCAGGCUUUGAAUUUCCAUUUUGGCCAACAGUCCUAUCAGAAAAUUAGUUUUUCAAAUUUUCAAAAUAGGAACCUCUGUUGACGUACAGCAUGGUGGCGCAACUCAUCCAACUACGGGUAGCGAGUGCGCAUCCUCGUCCAGUAGGAGCUGAGCCUUGAAGGUCAUGAUCGAUCGAUGGUGAGCAAACGGGUGAAGCGAUAGGGUGGAGGUAGGCCGUCUGAGCAAUAUUGCGAGCCUCUCAGUAAUAAUACUAAUGCUAAUGCAUGCGUAUUUAGGAAAUGAAAUGACGAUACUGAUUAAUACGAUUGUCUGUGGAGGUUUAAAUUUUGUGUAUUUAUUAUGAUAUCAUAAAAUAAAGGGAGAUAUUUUGGAGUUUGUAAGCAAAUUUUUGGUGACAGCGCUGAUUUUUGUGGGAAGUUUUAUAGGAUUGUGCUCGUUUAACGUGAUUGGACAAGUGGCAACAAUGGUGAGCUUGAUCGGGUGUUUUCCACCAUUGGAACAAAUAGGUUUAGCUUUAAAGGAAAAAAGCCACAGAUAUUUUGAUAUUGUUUGCAUUAUCCCAGGAUUUUUAUGUGUAAACAUAUGGUUGUGAUAUGGAAUUUUGACUAGUAAUUUUCAUAUUAUUAUCCCAAACAUAAUUACUUUUGUGAUAGCGACAAUACAUAAAUAAAAUGGCAUUCAUACGAGAGAAAUUAGCUUCGCUAAUUUUCUCUCCCUCAUGGAAUUUUAUUUAUGGGAUUUGGUUUUACCUUGAAAACUUCUGCAUAGAAACAGCGGUUUUAACUCUGGGAAUAACCAGAGGAACUGCUCCUCAGUGCGAUCAAAAGCUUAGAGUUUUUACAUUUGGCACAUCCCCACGGGAGGAUGGCCCUUAGAUAGAGCAUGUGCUGGAGCCAAGUCUGACAGAGCGAAGGCAACGCGCCGAUGAGAUGCACGGUUCUGAAGUUUCGCUGGCUCUCGCCAGGAUGGUUGGGCCGAUCUCCAUUUUGGUUGGGUGACCGGUGACGUCACUAGUUGGCCUAGUCCCUAUUUAUUAGGGAGCGGGCGCGAGACAUCUUAAACACUUAGUAGCUAACGAUAAAGAUAGCGACAAUGCAGAUACUUCUUUAUAUGUGGGCUAAAGGAUAUUUUGAAAGCUAUAUACUAGAUGAAUUAUCAAAAGACUAUUGGAAAUUAUCAUCAAUAAAGAAAGUUAACACAUUAUAA